AUGGAAUUUUCGGUGAACCCCUUCAAGAGGCCCAUGAAUGCCUUACAAAAGCAAUGGUAUCGCAUACUCAUAGCACGUAAAGUGGGCAUUAGUACACAAAAUGAGCCAUUUGAAACUCAAGAGGAUUCUUACCAAACGAUUUGCCGUAAGCGUUACAAACAAGCAUUUCAUUGUUACAAUCAACAAUUCCGCAAGGAAAUUAAACAACUGGAGGCCAUGCAACCAAAUGCCAUAGAUGCCAUGCGGGUGCACAGGACCUUUGCCAUCACAACACUUUGGCUUCCUUUGCACUCAAAGCGCGAGAUCAACUUGACACUAGAACAACUGGAAAAUGUUUUAAGUGUCAAAGAAAGAAGACGCCUGCAGCAUAUUUUAAAAUAUGGCAUUGGUGCGAAAUGA